ACAAAACCUGUUUGGUAGGAUGACGUUUCGCCCGUGUUUUGUACCGCGAGCUUUUUAGUGGCACAAUAUUUUGUUAUAGUGCUAAUUUUACCACAAAACAGUGAUAUUGGUGUGUGAAAUACCUAUUGUACAGCUGAAUUUGGUGUGGAAAGUGCGUUUUGUGGCCGUUAACUCAUGGUUUAUAUUGAAAAAUUGGAUAAUAGGGACGAGUGAGCAAAUCUGUUAGACAGUCAGUAUCUCGUAUUAUAAGUGGUAAUCGCGGAAAAAAUAUGACCAAAUCUCUUUAUAUUGCGGUAUAAUGUGCGUGUGUAAUAUGGAUUGUAAUACAAAAUAGUGAGAAAUGGGUGACAGGUUGAAACACCCAUUCAAAGUGAAAUCAAAAGCACUUGUGCUUUGUGGAAAAUGGAUUUGAUUUCGGAUUUGUCACCCCUGAGCCCGGGACUGAUAGACGAGUUGGAGGCUUUCAUGGCCCCCGUCGGCGAGGGAUGCUACCCGCCGCAACCCAUCGACGCGCGUCGAAUCGGGGGCCACCAGCUACCAGAAAGUCCACCAGACUCGGGUUCAGAGAACCCUUACAGCCCUGAAACCCAAGUGUCCCACACAAUCGCCGUAUCCCAAACCGUAUUAGGAGCUGAUUACAUGCUGGUACCAGACCACAUGACGCCCCAUGAAAUCCUUCAACAAAAUGGCGACUAUAUUUACGAGGAGCUAAAAACAGAUAAUAUAGACCAUGAAGUAUUAAGGUCCAAUUUAAAUGAUGUAGUCGUUCUACCCCAAGAUGCUAACAUAGUUGAUUUAGGGUUAAGGUCAGUUCGUCAUGACUUGGGUCUAGCGGAUCCUAUUGCGUACCAGAAUCGGUACAAUCAAAUGAGGGUGGAGUUGCCAGAUCUGGAACAAGGUCUGAUAAAUCCUCAGUUAGUUGCGUUGGGACAUGAAACGCUGACACCUGUGUACACAAACCUUCAAGAACCUAGCGGGAAGAAGAGGAAACACUCUCAAGAUAUCAACUCACAAGUAAAAUGUGAACCAGCUGCACUAUCACCGGAGACAGUGGUUCGGCCGCCGCCAUCUGUAGACGGUUCCGAAGCAGGCGACGACGCUCCGCUGCAGUGCAUACGGUUCUCGAACUUUCAGCAGAACGUUUGGCAUUCCUUAUACGACUGCAACUUGAAGCCCUUAUCUACUCCAUCCUACAUAGUCGGUGCGGACAAAGGCUUCAACUUCUCACAAAUAGACGAAGCCUUCGUCUGCCAAAAGAAGAACCACUUCCAAGUGACGUGUCAGAUACAGAUACAGGGUGACCCGCAAUAUGUAAAGACGACAGAAGGAUUCAAGAAAAUCAGCAACUUCUGCCUGCAUUUUUAUGGCGUUAAGGCGGAAGACCCAAGUCAAGAAGUAAGAAUUGAACAAAGUCAAUCAGACAGAACAAAGAAACCUUUCCAUCCAGUUCCAGUCGACCUCCGUCGCGAAGGCACAAAGGUCACAAUAGGUAGACUCCACUUCGCGGAGACCACAAAUAACAACAUGCGCAAGAAGGGCCGACCCAACCCCGACCAAAGGCACUUCCAGCUAGUUGUAGCCUUGCGAGCACACGCUUCUCAUGCUGACUUCAUACUGGCGGCGCAGGCUAGCGACAGGAUCAUCGUUAGGGCUUCUAACCCCGGCCAGUUCGAAGCAGACUGCACAGAGAACUGGUGGCAGCGAGGUGUUUCAGACAACAGCGUACACUACAACGGGAGAGUGGGCAUUAACACUGACCGACCGGAUGAAUCCUGCGUCAUCAAUGGUAAUUUGAAGGUAAUGGGCCACAUAGUUCAUCCAUCAGACGCAAGAGCCAAGCACAAUAUUGAAGAGUUGGAUACAGCGCAGCAACUGAAAAAUGUACAAAGUAUUAGAGUUGUUAAAUUCAACUAUGACCCAUCAUUCGCGGAACAUUCCGGCCUGUUGGGCUUCGAUCCCAGAUCGCCCGCGCCGCUGACUGAUACAGGAGUAGUAGCUCAGGAGGUCCGGAAAGUUCUACCUGAUGCGGUGAAAGAAGCGGGCGACGUCACACUACCCAAUGGAGAUACUAUACCCAAGUUCCUCGUUGUUAAUAAGGAUCGCAUAUUUAUGGAAAAUCUUGGAGCAGUCAAAGAGUUGUGCAAAGUGACUGGUAAUCUGGAAUCCAGGAUCGAUCAGCUGGAAAGGAUCAACAAGAAACUCUGUAAGAUCAGCGUAUUGCAACGACGAGACAGCUCCAGGUCAAGUGUUAGUAAUGAUUCCAGAUUCUCAGGCGUAUCAGCCUCGUCGAAAUCAUUCUACAGCGACGGAAACAUUUCCAUAGACCAGAUUCGUGACAUCGCCCGAAGUAUCCGCCGACAUGAAUGUUGCCACAAACUAAGUCAUAACUCCCCAAAAUUUACCCGAAAACAGUGCAAAAACUGUCACAACAACUACGCCAAAUAUGGCAAAUACUACAACUACAACAAAACGUGUGUCAGAUAUCAUUCUAGUAAAGAAAAAUCGGAAAAUGAAAACACAUAUCCAACUUAUGUUAGUACUUUAGAUUCUAUUGCUCAAAAGUUGCCAGAUGACAAUUUCAGUGUUGCCUCAAAAAAGAAAGACUCUUGUCUAUGGCUGAGGGAUGAAGACAGUUUUGGGAAUGGCAAUACUAAGCUACCUUUCUGCUGUCGGAAGAAAUAUAAAUAUGGGGAUGCCAGCAGUGAACUGAUAUCGAAUAAAUUUCUGCAGAUAAUCAUAACUAUAUUGAUUUUUAUAAUGGCUGUUUGCCUGGUGGUUAUGUCAGCCCUGUACUUCAGAGAACAUCAAGAACUGUUAUCUAUGAAGGAAAUACGCAUGCACGAGAAAUUCUCGAACUACCAAUACCAUGGGAAAAUAAACCUCAAUACAGCGUCCACCCAUAGAGCUACACCUCCAGACCUGAAUCAAAUAAAGAACUUAAAACCAGCACCUUCAGCAUCGAAAAAAAAUGUAAAAGAGAAAGGUCCGUAUAAAACAAGUCCAGAGUACACAACGUCGAGUCCACCAACACACUCCACCGCUACAACGCUGCAUGCAUCCAAGAAUUAUGUCAAAAACGUACUCCAUAUAGAACAAACAUCAGAACCGUCGCUCGUAGAACUGGACACACCGGUGUUAGUAUCUCGCAUCGCUGACGUCAUCGGUAGCGGAUGCACAUUUACCGUCAAUACUGACAAUGAACUGGAUGCGGAAUGCCAGUCAUCAUGUGGUUUAGAUUCGCCACAGACGUACGAAAACCAGGAACCCUUAGAGAGAUCUAGAUCAGAUAAAGACUUGAAUGAGACUUUCCACCGUCCACUAGAACCUAAUCCUUCCAGAGAAAAGGUACCUUUAUCCCCAGCCAUACCAGAAAAAAAUACGUCGAAAGUCCAGAAAACAGACAACGAGUCAUUGAAAAACCAGAUUAAUGACGAAAUGAUAGCAGAAUCUAACUUUUUGGACGCCAAUAAAGUCAAUGUUACUGAAACAGAAGUAAGAGUUAAGAGAGAAGUAAAAGAGAAGAUUGUAUUGCGCCGAAUAGUAAGAGAAAGUAACGAAGCUAUUCUAAGAAGCAGUUCAGAAGAUAUGAAUAUUGAACAAUCAGAAGAAAUAAGUCCUCCAGAAUGUGACACUAUAUCCGUCGGCGUAGUGAGCAAAUCUGUCUCAAACGACACAGUGUUCAGCGAACGGAUCUGUGCGCGCGCACUGCAUAACUACACGUAUAGUGUGCCGCUGUCCCAUUGUCUACACCAUAAACACGUAGACAUUACGUUCAGGUCAUCAAGAAUAAAGGAAAUCCGCCUCUGUGAUCUUCACUGCAAAUAUGACACGCUUAGAAAUUGUCAGCUAAACCGCGAAAUAGCCAAACCAAUCCCUACUGGCGACUAUUGGACUUCCAAAAUGACCUUAGAAUGCAAUAUGGAUAGACACAUGAAGAUUCGUGCUGGAUUUUUGCCAUUAAAGGAUUUGUGCUACCUCGCGCCCGACCCUAAGAUGCCAUUCGUAGAAUUCAACAUUCACGUAUUUAGAGAUUGUCGCAAUUAAACAAUAAUAAAGAAAAUAAAUAUUUUAAUAUCUCCUCUAAAACAUACCUAGGAUCUUUAAAUCUACUUUUUGGUAGAAAUAGGUAUUUGAUAUAAGUCAACGUGUUGAAACUGAAAGUAUCCACUAAUUCCAUAGAAUCGUUUAGUUAAUCUUGUCUAUAAACGUUCCAGUAUUUACUAUUGUAUUUCUACACCUAAUAUUAUGUAUUGUUAUAAUUAUUACAGUUGAUAGAAAUGAGCUUUAAGUUUUAAAUAAUGAAAUGGGCACCUUUUUAAGUGGUAUAUGGUUCUCUAACAAAAUUUUAGUGUAGGUUUACCUUUAACUAAUUGUUAUCCAUGUUACGAGUACUACCUUUUCGUCGUCAUCAACCCAUAUUCGGCUCACUGCUGAGCUCGAAUCUCCUCUCAGAAUGAGAGGGGUUAGGCCAAUAGUCCACCACGCUGGCCCAAUGCGGAUUGGCAGACUUCACACACGCAGAGAAUUAAGAUAAUUCUCUGGUAUGCGGGUUUCCUCACGAUGUUUUCCUUCACCGAUUGAGACACGUGAUAUUUAAUUUCUUAAAAUGCACACAACUGAAAAGUUGGAGGUGCAUGCCCCGGACCGGAUUCGAACCCACACCCUCCGGAAUCGGAGGCAGAGAUCAUAUCCACUGGGCUAUCAUGGCUGUACUUACUACCUUUUACGACAGUUAUAUUAUAACAUGACAAUUUAAACCAUUAAAUCCAGUGAUUUCAUUGUAAUUUAACAGCUAACGUAACCACGAGGUACCUACAGUUAAAAUAAAGGUUUUUUUUUUAAUUCACAUGGUUACUGCCCUUAGUAUUAUAAAAACCUCAAAGUCAUGUUUCUAUGAGCUGUAAGUAGUCACAAAACAUUCCGAAAAGUGCAAUUAAUAUAAUCUAUCCGUCCUUGAACGUAUAUGUAUUAAAAUUAAAUCAUUCCUAAUAUUAUAUAUCAAUUAUAUAAUAGCUUUAACGUCAUACUAAUAUAUUACAUAUACCUAUCCGCUCUUAUGUAAAUUGUAUGAACAUUUGAACGUAAGUUGGAUCCCUAAAAUAAAUUGUAUGGUUUUUUUUUUAUUUUAACCCGCUUCCAAAAAGGAGGAGGUUCUAUGUUCGGCUGUAUGUAUGUUUUUUUUUGUGUAUAUCCAGCGAUAUUUCCGUCCUUUGUGGACCGAUUUUGAAAAUUAUUUUUUUGUUUGGAAGUAUACCCUACUUCCAGGCCUCCUAAUCCUUCCGACCGACCCGAUCAGUGAUGUUUUAAUUAAAGCCGUUUCUGAAAGAACCACAGCAAUUUUAUAAUUUAAACGGCUUGAAUUAAUACAUCACUAGCUUGGCACCGCCUUCAAACUAAUCAGAAGGGAGCAUAUAGGUACUAUGUUAUUUUUCGCUUUUUAGUUUAGUGGGCAGGUUCAUUUUUGUGUUGGAAGUGGGUUGAGUAAUUUUUACUAACAUUUUAAAACUUCGGUAAUGUAGGACCGGCAAUUAUCUUUCCUCCAUUGUUGUCUUAGGUUUCAUACAUUCCAUGCGGAGUCUGCAAGGAGUUUUUAUGUUAUAUACUACAGUAUUUUAAUUUAAUAUUAAAAAAAAAACUGUAGCAUUUCAUUAUACACAAAAGAAAUUGAACAUUACAAUUUACUUUUUAUUGAAUAAUAAGUUAUGACCUCUUUAAGGAUAUUUUAUUUUUUUAAAGGUGGUAGCUAUUUUUUUUAAUUUUUUAUAGUUAUAAUUGUAUUGUACAGAAAGGAAUUUAUAAUUUUAAUAUUUUUUUAGAUUAUUCUAGUUAUUGUUUCUUAAUAUUUUUAGAUAGAUAAAUACUCAUAUUACAGUAGGUAUCUAUUACUUUGACAAGUAAAAUCACAAAAUAAAAUAGUUUAAUUAUUGGUAUAAAAAAAAUAUUUAAAUAACCGUGGGAAAAAAGUCGCUUUUAUCAUCAAGAUAUAAUUAUUCUACUAAUCUAUAUUCCGUUUGCUAAAAUAAUACACGUUGGUAUAACAAUUUCAGUGAAUAAUAGUGUCUUGACCAUUAUUUGAAAUUUUAUUAAAUUCAUUAAGCAGAAGUUCAUUAACAUUUUAAAUAAUUUAUUUUAAUUAAUAAAGCUUGAAUAAUUUUUAAAAGGUUGAUAAAAGUUAACAUUGACAAUUUUACGUACAAACAACAGAAUCAUAUUAUUUUUUAUAGCUCACUUGAUUAAACAAUAUUUUUAUAAGGAUCCCCAGUGUUAUUUCAAAGAAAAAAGCGACUAAAACUUUUGAAACAAUGAUGUACUUAAUUAAAAUAAUUUAAAUUAAGUUUUUCUUUGACGCACAAAAUAUUAAUAAGUAAUUAUAAUUAUUAAGUAAUGUUAAUCUCGAUAACUGUUAUAUAAACCUCAGACAGAAGUUUCUGUAUUAUUUUAUGGUAUUAACCCUUGACGUGAGGUAUUCGUACCUAAUUAGAAAGUGCAAUUAUUUUUUAUGGCGGGAUUUUGUAAAAUAAUUUGAAUAAAUUACUAUUUUUCACUAUAAAUUAUUUUCGCUUUUAAUCAUAAGAAGACAAUAUUUUUGUGUUUUUUUUAGUAACUAUUUUUUUGUUCUACAAAAUAGCGUCAUGAAGAAUUAAAUGUAACUUAAAACAAGGAAUCUCUUAUUAUCUCAAAUCUAAUGUUAAGUUUAUUAUUAUCAUUAUUAUAUACCUAAGGAAAAAGAUAGAAAUAUUAAGUAAAUACAUAAUAUAAUGUAGGAUUUAGAUGAACGUAGAAUUAAAUAAUAUAAAUCACAAUAAAAGUAAUCACAAUUUUGGAUUAAUAGGGAUCAUGUUUUAUUGGAUAGUAUAAUAUUAUAUCAACUAGUAGGUGAGGUAAAUAAUAAUAUAGAAGUCAUGUCACCCUUAAAUUCAAUUUUUUAUUUUCAAAAUUAUUAUAGUAAGUAUUAUUUAGAGGUAUGUGUGAAGAUAUUUUGUUAAAAAAAAGACGUUUUAUUAUUUAAGACGCUAAGUUUUAAGGGACGGCCUUAGGGACAUGGUAACUGGAGAGUCCGCCCCGUUUGCCCCAUAGUAGAUCCAACCAUACAUCUAAUGUACAAGAAAUAAAGAUAUUUCUCUUCGAAACAAGAGAAUGCUUGAUUUUUGCAUAGCAAACCAUCCAUUAACGUGUUAUUGGUGAAAAACUUUAUUUGCAAACUUUGACCGCAUUUUUUUUAUAGCGAUUUUUGCGAUAGGGAGUUUAGGAAUUUUGUGUAAAUUGACGUAUAAACGGUUCAAGCAAAAAUCUAGCUUCCUUUAACUUUUUCAGUUUUUUUUAAUUCUUUGUUCCUUGGACUAUAGAAAACAAUUAAUUUUUUUCUAUUAUAUAGUUUAGCUUAUGUGAAUAAGCCAUGUAUCACCGCUUUGCAUUUAAGAAGUUGCCAAAAUCUAAGGUUCAAAGGGUGGCUAUAGGGACAAGUUGUCUGGAGCGGUCGCUUCAUUCGCCCUACAGUAAGGCUGUCCCAGACUUUAAGCUUCUAUUUUAGGGUUAAAACUAAGUUUAACAUUGAGGUGUCCUUCUUACGCAUUGUAAGUAAAGUAGGAAUUAGUUUAUACAACACGUGCUGAGUUUGCCCUUUCCCUAUUUACGAAUUAACAAAAAAUGCGUUAAGAAGUUUCGCUUCAAAAAUCUCUUGCCAUAUUCGAUUCUCAGUUUUUAAUUUUUUUUCUCGACUUAACGAUUUAUUUAUGAUUUUUCAUCGUAAAUAUUUUUUUUUAUUGUUUUUUUGCAUGUUAAUGUGUAAAAACAAAACAUUCCCGUUCCAGUUUUUAUAAUUAAGUAUUAAUGAAUAGGUAGAUUUUAGAUUUGUGUAAAAACACACAGACAAACAAAAUAUAAAAUGUAUAAGCUUAAUCGUAUUCGCCUAUUUAUUAGUACAUACUUACUCGUAUAAACGAGUAUAUUGUAUUUUUCUCUGACAAGUUCUAAAUAAUUUCAAUACUUUUUUUUCUAUUUUAGUGUCUUGAAUUUUUAUUUUUAAUGAAUCGUAAUUUGUUAAAAUUUUACGCCAUAUUUUAGUUAAAGAUAUUAAAAAUAAUUGUUUUAUUUGUUUUUUUUUUAUAUAUAUUAUUAUCUAUUAACAAUAAAUAUUUUAGUAACUUAAGAUUAGUUAAAUGUAAGUUGUAAUCAAUUAAAAUAAAUUCAUACAAUAAAAAUACAAAGCAAUGUUUAUUUAAGGAAUAAAGAUUUAACUGUAGAGAUGUA